AUGGCCACGAAAUCAGAGUCGUCAAUGGGAGCGUCAGGCUUCUCCUACUCACAGGUUGUGCGUUACAUCGUUUUGGCAGUGGUGCUAUGGUACGCCGGAUACAAGUUAUUUACCGGACAUGGUGAAGACAUCAAUUUCGGUAAAUUUUUGACAAGAACAUCGCCCUAUAUGUGGGCAAACUUGGGGAUUGCAAUGUGCAUCGGGCUCAGCGUUGUGGGAGCCGCAUGGGGUAUAUUUGUUACGGGUUCGUCGAUUAUCGGAGCCGGUGUACGUGCACCUCGUAUCACGACCAAAAAUUUGAUUUCCAUCAUUUUUUGUGAAGUGGUGGCCAUUUACGGCUUGAUCAUGGCUAUCGUGUUCUCAGCUAAAUUGACCACGGCUACUCGUGAAACAAUGUUUUCAAAAUCGAAUCUGUACACUGGAUAUUCGCUAUUUUGGGCCGGUCUCACCGUUGGAGUGUCCAACCUAAUUUGUGGUGUUGCUGUCGGUAUCACGGGUGCUACUGCUGCUAUUUCCGAUGCAGCAGACUCUGGUUUGUUUGUCAAAAUCUUGGUCAUUGAAAUUUUCGGGUCUGUGUUGGGUCUGCUGGGCCUAAUUGUCGGACUUUUGAUGGCAGGAAAGGCUGCUGAAUUCAGCUGA